UAUUGUGUACCGCGGCCUAUCGUGGAAAAUACAAAUGAAAAAACAAUGAACACCGCGCUUACAUUAUACUGUGCUCUCAUUAUUAUAAGUGAUACAAAUUGCUUCUACGUUCAGAAUACAAGCGACCACAAAGACUUUGAUAGACAAGCGGUUAUAUUAAGGAAACUACAAAAUUUGCAGGAACGCGAUUCGAGAAAUUCAACUCAAACUACGACGUGGAGCGAAAUUCUGGCUGAUGUUCUUGUGAAGGAAAUGUUUUCAUAUAAGAAAGUUGAUACCAUAAAACACAUAAGCAAACCGCCCGAGGAAACUACAAGUUUUUUGGUUAAAGCAGUCAGUCGUGUAUUAGAGGCAUACAAAAUAUAUGUAUUUGAUAAAAUGAGAAGUAAUUAUAGCGAGACUAAAGUAAAUAAAGGAACUGAUGACACUACAAGUAAAAUUGGAAUAAUUAAAAAUGAAACUGAAGCUAUGAGUAAUCCAAACGACGAUGUAGAAAUUAUAGAACCGAAAUAUCAUGGCAAAUUGCAAGGAAAUGGAAGUUUGGAAUUUCCAGAUAGUGUUAGUGAUUGUGGGGAUGGAUUAAUAAGGGAUGAAGAUGGGAAUUGUGUUGAGCCGAAACAUUCGAAGUUUGUUUUGUCUGUACCGUGGCAGUGUCCGAUCGGUUAUAGACCCGAUUGGCUUGGUUAUUGCAGAGUUUCGCUUUAAUCUAUGAUUUUAAGUGCAGGAUUAUUCAGUAAAGUGUGGUUGUUAGAUAUUAAAAUUACAAUAAUCAUCAGUAGUCUAUAACGGUUCACCUCUGGACUAAAGGCCUAUGCCAAAAGGAGGGUAUGUCUUUUCCAUGCUCAUUUAAAAUUUUAUGGGCAGACGAGCUGGUGAUCGCCGUAGAUAGUAGUCCCCCGUUUUUCUCACUUAGUCACCUCGUAAGACACCGUUGCGGGGAGAGGACGGAUCGGUGACAACUGUAUUCUGAUCUGCCGUCACCAUGCGGCAGGAUUUAAAAAAUAUAAACCGACUUUACUGUAGCUAAUGCAAUGUUUUUAUCUAUACGGUAGAAGUUUAUUGUAUCCAUUUAUUUUGAUUGAAAACCAAACGCGUAAACCGAAUAUGAUAAAAUUUCUAUGAAAGCAAUCUGAAUGUAUACCUUAAAACCUACUAAAAAAGAAAAAUAUAAAUUGGUUUAUAAGUAACGGAGUUCUGAGUUUAAAAACGGUUUUGUACAUGUGUACCGAAAAAAAUUUAGGUGUGCAGAAUAAACCUGAAAUUUUAAAA